AUGAGCGGGGAGCCAGAGGAGAAGAAGCCCGGCGAAGAGCAGCAUGACCCGGACAAGCGCGCCAAGCUUGAGUCGGGGGAAGAACCGGAGAGUCUCCAGCGGCUCGGCGGUCCGAGUGAGCCGGGCACGAGCGACAAAGUGUGGGAGACGCGCUUGUACAAACGCCGCUGGGUUAUGGUGCUUCUUUUCAGCUCGUACUCGCUGUGCAACUCCUACCAGUGGAUCCAGUACGGCAUCAUCAGCAACAUCUUCAUGGAGUUCUACCAAGUGGACGCUUUCACCAUUGACUGGAUGUCCAUGAUCUACAUGCUGACCUACAUCCCAUUCAUCUUCCCAGUGACGUGGUUGUUGGACAAGAAGGGUCUGCGGGUGGUGGCCUUGGCCGCCACAGCGCUCAACUGCGCCGGGACGUGGCUGAAGGUCGGCAGCGUCCAGCGCCACCUGUUCGCCGUCACCUUCUUGGGGCAGUUCUGCUGCUCCUUGGCUCAGGUCUUCAUCCUCGGCAUGCCGUCCAGGAUCGCAUCCGUGUGGUUUGGGUCCAAUGAGGUGUCCACAGCUUGCUCCAUAGGGGUCUUUGGGAACCAGCUGGGAAUCGCCAUCGGCUUCCUUGUUCCGCCCAUCCUGGUGCCCAACGUGGCUGACAUGGACGAGCUAGCGCGCCACAUUAGCGUCAUGUUCUACAUCACGGCGGGAGUGGCCACCUUUCUAUUUGUACUCGUCGUCAUCGUCUUUCAGGAACGUCCCAAACUCCCCCCGACACAAGCCCAGGCCACGGCUCGUAGCAUCCCACCCGAGCAGUACUCCUACACGGCCUCCAUUUUGCGGCUUCUCCGCAACAAGCCCUUCAUUCUUCUCAUCAUCACCUAUGGCUUGAACGUAGGUUGUUUCUAUGCAGUUGGCACCUUACUAAACCGCAUGAUCAUCGAGCACUACCCGGGCGAAGAAGUGAACGCCGGCAGAAUCGGGCUCACUAUUGUCAUCGCCGGCAUGGUGGGCUCCCUCAUCUGCGGGGUGUGGUUGGACCGGACCAAAACCUACAAGCAGACCACCCUGGCCGUUUAUUUCAUGUCUCUUGUGGGUAUGAUCGUCUAUGCCGCUACACUAAACCUCGGGCACCUUUGGGUGGUCUUCAUCACUGCUGGAGUUCUUGGGUUCUUCAUGACGGGUUACUUGCCGCUGGGUUUUGAGUACGCGGUGGAGUUGACUUAUCCCGAAUCGGAAGGAACGUCCUCUGGACUGCUCAAUUGUUCUGCACAGGUGUUUGGCAUCAUCUUCACCAUCUGCCAAGGCCAGAUCAUUGACAAAUUUGGAACGCUGCCCGGCAACAUCUUCCUGUGUGUUUUUCUUUUCGUGGGCACCAUCAUGACUGGCUUCAUCAAGUCGGACCUGAGGCGACAGAAAGCUAACGCGUUAGCCAAAACGAAAGUAAGUGACGAACUGUUGUUUCUCUUGCAUGAAAAUGCGGAGGCCGCGACGGCGGGACCCGACUACGGCGCCACGGCGUUAAUGUCCACGUCGCAGACGCCGACUGCGAUAUAA